AAUACUUCAUUGACGGUACAAACUUUGGCUGUGCGCACUGCCUCAGUCAGGUAUAUUGAAAUAUAAAAAAGUAGAAUACUAAUUUGAAACUCGUAACGAUUUACUUGGCAUGAACCUUAGCGGCUAGUUUACGGGCCAAGCUUGUGUUGCGCAUGCGCGCUCAUCGCCGGCCGGUACCGAAACUAAUUUUCAUUGUGGAAAACUGAACAUCGAAGAAUGAAAACAAAACGACUCAUGUGCCGAACUUGAUCUGACGUAUAUUUUGAAAGAGUGCGGUGUGUGUUGUUUUGAGUUGUUUUCUUUUUUUUCUCUUCCUUCCUCUUCUCGCGUUUAUCUCUUGGGAAUAGUUCGGAUUGCGGUCCAUUGUCAGGUGAUUUUUUUCUGUUUAUCGAUAUGAAAUAACAUUCAUAGAGAUGUGCUGGCAUUGGUGACUUCCAUGACAACUGAUGGGUCAAUCUGUGGUCGAUCCUCCGGAUGACCAUGUGUCUGAAGUGCCGAAUGGGAGGCUUCAUCGUAGUAUCCCGAGUAAUUACAGUAGCGGUGAACCUCCCACACCUCUUGGUUUCCAUUACUUGAAAAGACUUUGCAGGGAGAGAGGGAUACUAUUUGAGGAUCCAGAUUUUAAUUUAAAUGCUGCCAAAAUCCCCACCAACAAGCACAGAUCACAAGCCUCCAUAACAUGGAUGCGACCCUUCGAAAUAUGCGCUCGUCCUCGUUUUAUAUCCGAAAACACCUCUCGUUUCGACAUCGAGCAAGGAGAAUUAGGAGACUACAGUCUCGUGGCAGCUGUUUCUUGCCUAACCAUGACACCACGGUUCCUGGAAAGAGUCGUUCCUCCUGACCAAAGCUUCCACCAAGCAUACUGCGGCAUCUUCAGAUUCCGUUUCUGGAGAUUCGGUGAUUGGGUGGAGAUUAUAGUGGACGACAGACUACCCACAUCCAAAGGACGUCCACUUUUUCUGAGAUCCACUGAUCCCACCGAGUUCUGGCCGGCUCUUCUGGAAAAAGCUUAUGCCAAGUUUUACUCAGGCUAUUCAAAUUUGCUUGUUGGAAGAACAGCUCAAGUUCUGCAAGAUUUAACUGGUGGUGUGGCACAGAAUUUUCGAAUGUCAGAACAUGAUCCACACGUCAUGUUCCAAACGGUCAACAGUUGUAUCUCUCGGUCAACCUUACUCGCAGCUAGUAUUCAUACGGAUCAGCGCUCACCUGUGCGACUACGUAAUGGAUUAGUUACGCAACAUGCUUAUAGUGUGACUGGACUGGCAAGGGUAAGAACACGAACUGGAGAAGUGCCACUUAUACGCCUUCGAAAUCCUUGGGGUAAAGGAGAAUGGAAUGGCCCCUGGAGUGAUCGCUCUUGGGAAUGGGACAGUCUUCCCGAGAGGGACCAAGAGCUUUUGAGUGUCAGAAUCAGAAAUGAUGGAGAAUUUUGGAUGUCUUUCGAAGAUUUCCUUCGUAAUUUCACAUUCCUAGAUCUUCUCCAUGUGGGACCGGAUGACUGGAUGCUGGAGUCUGCUCUCCACAGCAAGAGACCCUGGCGGGCGGUCCUCGCGCGCAGGAGAUGGAGAGUCGGCUUUAAUGCCGGAGGAGGACCCCAGUACAAAGACACAACUGCAAUGAAUCCUCAGUUUCGUGUUCACAUAGCAAAAAGUGGUGCCAAAAAAUGUCACGUAGUAGUUUCGAUUCUCCAAUUUUAUUCUCUGGGUUUGCAGAGCAUGGAGCAAAAUAAGAAACAUCCCCUUCUUCCACUUGGUUUCACUGUUUAUGAGGUUCCUCCAAAUAUAUCACGCAUCAACAGUCAUUUUGUGCACACCCACCAACCUCUAGAUGUUGUUCAGCAUCCACCAGUCAGGGAGUCUGUCAUAUUUUUUACACUACCACCGGGUGAUUUUGUGAUCAUGCCAUUUACAGCUCAGCCAAAUUGUGAAACAAAGUUCUUACUCAGAAUAUUUACUGAUGAAAUGAGUAACAUUUGGGAGGUAAACGAUGAAAAUAUGAUUUGCCGAGAAUUAACAUUUACCUUUAAUGCAGAUAUGAAUACUCUUCAGAAGGAUUUUCCUGUGUUAACAAAGCUAAUGCAUAAAAUUCCUCCUGAAAUAGAUGCCUUAACAUUACAAAAAAUUUUGAGAUCUAGUUGGAAGUCUCUCAAUUUGUUAUGCGAGAAACCAAGCUUAGAACUCUGCCGUAAUCUUAUAAUGUUAAGGGAUCCCUUAAUUACAGGUAAAAUUAGUAGAAAUGAGCUACCUGGAUUGAUUUAUACUUUGCAAUACUGGAGAGUUGCUUUUGCUAAGCACGAUUCCAAUAACAGAAGCAAAUCAAGUAGUUUCAAUUUUAGAAGUCUUCUAUGGGAUGCAGGCGUAACUGUAAGCAACAAAGUUUUAGAAUGUGCAGUUUUACGUUGUACUAAAAACAGCAUCUUAACAUCAGAAGCGUAUUUAUUGGCUCUAGUCAAACUAUAUUUGGCUCAUGAGAGAUUUGUGACAGUCGAGAAAAAGAUGAAAGAAAACGCAAUGACUUUGGAAGAGAUGAUUCUAUUAACAGUGUACUCUUAGCACACUCUUCUAAUAGAAGUCUUUAUGUUCGAAUCAUAUUAUGUUUUGAAUCAAUUUUGGAUAUUUUUAUUAUCGAUGAAGACUCGAUUAUAAUUAAGACACCGAUUAUUGAGAUUACAUUCAUUAUAAUUUAUUCUAGUCAUAGACAUAAAAUGUAUGUUUUUUAUGUGAUACAUAUAUCAAAUAUUUAUUAUGCAAACUGCAUGAGAAAAGAACUUUAAACGAUAAGAGUUUUGUUGUCAAUGCUAAAGUCCUUGCAAUUUACAAGUAAU